UGAAGGAGGAGAGAGAAACAUAGAAAUGGACUGAGAAACACAAACACAACUCAAAGCAAUAGCAAUUAACACAAUCAGAAGAAGAAGAAAAUCCUCUUCUUCUCACUCAGCGAAUGGGUGGAAGAUGGAGAACCGUGUCCCUUUUCUAUAACAGCAUAGCUUCUUCUUCAUCUUCUUCUUAUUCUUCCAAACCCAUCAUCAAAUCCCACUUUCCUUCACUUUUCUCCAUCAACCAUUUUCUCUCUUUCGCUGCUGCAUCUUCUGCAAUCCCGUGCAAUCUCGACCCGGAUUACCAUAAUCUGGAUCUCCCUCAUGGGUCCGGAGCCCCGGAACAAGACCCGAGCGUGAAAAUCCCCGUCAAAGCCUACUUCCUUUCCACCAGUAUAAAUUUGAAGGGCAUUCAGGCUGACAAUCUGAGAAACAUUGUUCCUCCAUCUUCCCGCUCAUCAUCAAACUAUGUUGCUCUCCGGUUCUGUGACUUGAAUUCAGACACUAUUGGACCUGGGUAUCAUGUGAAAGCAAGCAGCUGUCGUUACAUGGUUGUAUACCAGUAUGGAUCUGCUGUUUUGUUUAAUAUUGAGGAUAAUGAAGUGGAAAGUUACCUGGAACUAGUUAAGAGGCAUGCAUCUGGUUUACUACCAGAGAUGAGGAAAGACGAUUAUGCAAUAAAGGAGAAGCCACUAUUAGUUGAGGACAUGCAAGGAGGUCCGGACUACAUAGUUCUGAAAUCUUUGGACACUGAUGGUAUCCGUAUAAUUGGAAGUGUACUGGGACAAAGCAUAGCUCUGGAUUAUUUUGUCUCACAGGUUGAUGGUUUAGUUGAAGAGUUUGCAGGCAUAAAUCGUGGAAUGGAGAAAACUGGAACUUUCACUAUGGAUAAGAAGAAGCUGCUUCAGCUUGUUGGGAAGGCUAACUCAAAUUUGGCUGAUGUGAUCCUUAAAGUUGGUCUCUUUGAGAGAUCAGAAAUUGCUUGGAGGGAUGCAAAGUAUGCUGAAAUACAUGAGUAUCUCAGGGAGGAGUAUGAAGUUGCACAACGCUUUGGAAACCUGGAUUUCAAAUUGAAAUUCGUAGAGCACAAUAUUCAUUUUCUCCAAGAAGUUCUCCAGAACAGGAAGUCAGAUUUUUUGGAGUGGUGCAUUAUUGGCCUAUUGACUAUUGAAAAUGUUAUAUCCUUUUAUGAAAUUCUUCGAGCUUCAAAUACAGUUUCUUUAUAAGUAGAAAGAGAGGUUGAAGCUAGAUUAAUUUGUUGUAGCAACAAUUUUUAAAUUUUUUUAUCUAAUCAAAAUUUUUCCCCUCAU